AUGGAGGAUGUUUUGCCAACCAAGCGAGUAGACCCUAAGUCGUAUGAGCUAUUCUACUGGAGAAAUUUUUUUUCGAAAGAAAUAGAUAAGGAACAUAACUCAUUAGUAGAAAUAACAUCAUGUAAUACGGUAAAGUUAAGAAAUGUAAAAAUUAAUAGUACUAUUCUUAAUGGUUUCAUAAAAAUAGAUCAUUACAUGUGUCCAUAUUUUUAUAAAAAUUUUGUUAUUUCAAAUGAUAAAAAGAAAUAUGAAGGAUCAUUUAGAAAUAGACACAUUGAGGGAGUUGGUAAAAUUAUAACAGAUCAUUUUAUAUAUGAAGGAUAUAUAUAUAGGGGCAAAAAAUGGAAAAGGGGCAAAUGUUCCUUCAUACAUUUUGAUAAAGGGGGAAAACAGAAUAUUAUAUAUGAAGGUUUCUGGGUGAAUAAUAAGAGAAAUGGAUGGGGUACGUUAAAACUUGUUAAUAAGGAUCAAGUCAAGUUAAUAAUGUAUAAAGGCUUUUGGAAAAACAACGAAAGGGAUUUUUACGGUAUUCAGUAUUACAAUGAUAAUUCUGUUUAUUUCGGUUACUGGAAAAGAAAUAAAAAAUUUGGAUUUGGAAAAAUGGUAUGGUAUUUCGACUCAAAGGGGGGUUCAAAAGGUAAAUUUGUGGAAAACUUACAAGAGUCAAUCAAAAUGAGGAAACAUGACUUAAUGGGGGAUGUUGACAAUGAGGGGUGGACUAACGUAAUAGAAAGACCUAACAUAAUCGAAAGGACCACAUUAAUGGGGAGAAAAACUGCCGCUUCUAGACUGUACAACACAUACUUGGGUGAGUGGAAAAAUGAUAAGUUUCAUGGAUAUGGCACGUAUAUAUGGUUUUUUAAAAAAAAAAAAAAUGAAAUAAUUUACCAAAAUGAAAAAUAUGAUCAAUAUUCGGGAUACUGGAGAAAGGGAAAGAAAAAUGGCUACGGUAUUUUCUAUUACAAUUGUGGUAAGAAAUAUAUAGGUAUGUGGAAAGAUAAUAAGAAGGAUGGGGUUGGAUACUUUAUAAAAUUAAACGGAAUAGUGUCUAAGUGCUUAUACAAAAGUGGUAAACUUAUAUCUGAUAUUGACCUGAAUGUUCCUUACAGAAUUAAUAACACAUAUACCAACUCAUUAUGUAGAGUCAUAAAUUUGUUUUUCUUUAAAAAAUAUUUCAAUAUAACAAAUAAAAAGAUCGAGUUUGUGUAUAAAGUCAUCUACGCGAAUUUUCCCCUUCUGGUGGAUAUAUACAACAGGUAUAAAAAGAAGAAUGGGAAGCAAAGGUAUAAGCAGAAACAAACUAACAGGAAAACUCAUAACCAAGCGCGCAGUCAAAAUUACCAGGGAACCUUCCAUUUGCACAAUUUAUGGAAUAUGUUUUACCAUGCCAAUAUUAUUAAUUACCACUUCACUUUGUGCUCAUUGAACAAGUUAGUUACUGACCAUACUUCCAUGUGUGAACACCUUGAAAUGUUCAAUUUGUUGGUGAAUGAGAAGGAAUCAACUCGUAUGGACGAAAUUUUAAUUAAUGAAAAAGAUUUAGUAAAAAGCUUCUUCAAGUCAAAGCACCUUCUAAAUAUACCUGUCUUGUCUUCUUCCCUUCGUAUGAGGAUGAAACAAAACGGUACUUUUUCUCAUAAGGACGAUGAAAAGAAUGUUUUCAAUAGUACUGAGGAUUGCCAAAAUGCAAUAUUACCAUAUAGCACUUAUGGUAACAGCGAGGCGGGUACUCGUGCAUAUGAAGAGGUUUCCACUAGUGAAUGCAUAGUACGUGAUGAUAAGGUUAGUUCAAAAAAGACUAACUUUUCAUUACAACACUAUAACAAGGUGAAGAGCAAAUCAAAUAAAAACCUACUAUUUGUCCAUAUGAAUUAUAUUAUUUUUAAUAAAAAUUUGAUAAGCUUAAAAAAAAAUUGUACAAAUUUAUAUAAACACUACUGGAAAGAGUGUUGUAUGCACAAAAGGGAAAGUCAUACCAUUUUACAAAAAAUGUUUAUCAUAUUGUUAAGAAAUAAAAAAAAUAAUAAUAAUUGUUAUUUAUACUAUGUUCUAGUUAGCUUAUUUCAGUACAAUUCCCCCUUGUUAUAUUUUCUUUUUCGCCCGCAUAAUAAGAAAUGGAGCAAAUGGAAGAAGUACUCUCAUAAGCGAACUGCUGAUAGGAACAACACUUUUUCUUCUGACCAUCAAAUGAGCAAAGAUGAUUACAAAAAUGGAGGAAUGAAACGAACGAAUGUGGAAGAAAAUAUUAACAAUGAAGUAUGCAAUCCGGUGAAGGAAAUGGCAUCAGGUUAUUUUAAAAAUGAACGUGUAGCUGUACAAUUGAAGGAUAAAAAAAUGGUAACACAUUUGAAUAACAUAAUUUCUUUUCUAAAUGUAAAUAGAUGUUAUAUACAUGACGAAAAAAGGAAAAUAAGUUUUAAUUGUUUCAUUUUUACCCUUGUUCAUAUAUCAAUACGCAUGAGCAAUUUUGGUGAUAUGACCCAAGUCUUCCUUAACUUGAUUAACUCAUUGAAAAGGCUCUCAUUCAAAAGAGACGGUAAGAAGCUAUUGGAUAAUGACAACAACAACAUGUUUAGAAAAAGAAUAACAGAGGUAGAAAAAAAGAAGAAGAAAAAUUUAUAUAAUAUGGACAUAAUAAAGUAUGUUACUACAAAAUGUACCAGAAAUGGUAUGAUGAAAAGAAAUAUUGUGGGUAAAAACAAUAACAUAUGUAAUAACUUUUUAAAAAUCAGUCAUACGCUGGAAAAUACUACAGGUAAAAAAAAGGAAGAACUAAAUAUGAGGAGAAAACAUGAAAAUAUAACGAAUGAAAAGAACGGAAAAAAAAAAAAUUUUAUGACAUGUGCUGUAUGCUGUUAUCAUGAUAAACAGAUAAGCAAAUUUUGUAAAAGAAAGACUAACUGUGCGCCAUAUUUACAGAGGAAAGAAAGAACAUAUCGUUUUUCAAACGAGGAGAAAAGUAGUAAAGAGCUAGUAAACAUUUUGAAUAUUUUCGCUUAUUAUUAUAUUUUUUACUUUUUAAUAUUUGAAUCAGGGGAAAAAAGUUUUUCAAUUUUUAGCACAAAAUUAAAUGUGUCCAUGCGGCUAAGAGAUAUAUUAAUAUUUCUAUUUCAGUUGAAAUUAAUAAAAAAAAAUAAAGUGAAAAAUAACGUAACAUGUGUUAAUUUAGACACUUACUCAUUAUUACACAAAAAAGGAGGGAAAAAAAAAUUAAAUGUCAAAAUUUGGAAUUUCCUGACAGGUGCAUGUGGAAAUGAAAAAAAUGAAAAAAAUGAAGAAAAUGAAGAAAAUGAAGAAAACGUGUCAGGAAAAGUCUGUACAGUGCAGGCUGGUAAAAAUAGGGAACAUAUUGAUGAUAACAUGGAAGAAAAACAAGAGAAAUUAAACUCAGGUUGUACAUCAAAAAGUGGGAAACAAACAAAAAACAUUGAAAUAAGAAGUGAAAAAAAAGGUAGCAAAAAGGACAGUAGAAGUGUGCACAGUGUUAUAAGUCGUGCGAAUGGUGAAGCUACAACAAAUUUAGAAAGUGAGAAAUGCACGAAAAAUGGCGAUGGUCGUAAUGAUCGUAAUGAUGGUGAUAAUUGUGGUAACCAUGAUUGUCGUCUCUAUUAUAACAAUAACAGUGAGCACAAUGCGCAAACGGACAAAAAAAACAAUUUGCAAUUCGUAAAUUUAUCCAGAAAAAAGAACAUUUACAUGAACAGUUCAGGAAAAAACAAGGCUAGUAAUAAAAAAGCUUUAAAUAAAUUUUCAAGCAUAUUUUAUUUGUCCUUUUUUGAAAUUUUGGCAAUUUUUUGUGAUAUAUUCAACUGCAAGAAUUUACAUUUAAUAAAUACCACUUGCUAUAAUUUGUACGCAACCAAGUUAAAAAAAAAAAAAAGAAGAAAGAAAAUAAGUAAAUGUCGUUUAAAAAAUAAUGUGGUACACUAUAUUAUGAUAUUAGAACAGGAACGAAAAAAAUUUCUGGUCAAAUUUUCCCAGUGUGCAGGAGGGAAGACGCUCAACGGGAAAAAACUAUGCAGCGGGAAAAUGAUCAGUGGGAAAUCUUUAAAAAAUGAGCGAAUAAGAAAUGGUAUGAAAAAGCGUGCCUGUCGUGUUCAUACAAAGUUAUACAAAGAAAAAGCGCUAAAUAGAUUAAAUGAAAAAUUGGACGAACUGUGCAAAUUGGACCACUUGGACCAAAUAUAUAAAAUAGACAGAAUAGACAGAAUAGACAGAAUAGGCAGAAUAGACAGAAUAGACAAAAUAGACAAAAUAGACAGAAUAGACAGAAUAGACAGAAUAGACAAAAUAGACAAAAUAACAUGGGAACAGGGAUUGACGGGUGAACAUAUUCAGAGUAAACCCCCUGGCUCACCUGAAAAAGCAAAAAAAAGAAAUGACAUAGGAGGUAAAAGUACAAAGUGCUUAAAAAAAAAAAAGGCUUACUGUUCAGAAGAGGAUAACAAAUGUAUUGAAUUAAGGAAGAGUGAACACGUACUUCAUACAAAUGUUAUUAUUAAAAGAAAAAGUGAAAUAAAAAUAUUAACACACUCUUUGAAAAGGAAAUUUAUAAAUUCUCAUAAAAAUUAUAUGAAUGUUUUAGAUUAUUAUAACAUUUAUAUAACUCCUUAUGAGUUCCUUUUGUUUUUUUUAAAAUUUGUUGAAAGAGUGAAAAGAAAAAAAAACAUUAACAGUUCAUACAAUGACGUGCUAUUUUUUUUUAUUUUCCACAUUUUGUUAUAUAGAACAUUUCAGCUAGCCAAAAAAAAAAAAUAA